AUGAGUGGAAUAUAUGAAGAUGAUGAAAAAUUUGAUGAGGCAUUAUAUAUGCUGCAACGCACACUUGAAAUUCAAUUGAGAGUUCUACCAUCAACUCAUUUCAGAAUUGCUGCAACAUAUCAUAAUAUAGGCGGCAUUUAUCUUUGUAAAGAACAGACUCGAGCUGGAGAUGCAUUGUUUUCAUGGUCGUGGGUUGCUGUAACUGGUAAUCGAAAUGAAUACUUUCAAAAUUGUGCAUCUAUCAGAAUCGAUGGCUCUGGAACGAGCACGCUUGAUGAUUUUCCUGAUAUGUUCGUUGGCGACAUGAGUCUUACUGGGCAUAUUGGGCCCGGAGAAUGUCGCAGCACCGCGGGAUUCUCUCUCGAGUAUCCAAAUCCAGGUCGUACUCUUACUUCUACCAAAGUCGAUAGAAUCUCGUAUAAGAAGCCUACAAAUGGCAAAUGCUAUGCAAAAGCUUCGAGAGCGAGCUCUACACAAGUGAUUCCACUGUCUCCGGUGACAACUUCAGGCAGCAGUAAUGGUGCUUCUCCAUCGUCAACAGUUGAUGUGAAUUCGGAAAGACCGACAGUGUCAGAAACAGCGCCAACACUAUCCACAAAACAGAGUCCUACUGAAAACGUUGAAUCAACAUUACCGACUGAAACAAUGUUACCAGGCUCUAAAUCACAUCAAUGCUCCAAUUAUACUACAAUCACUGACAAGACGCGCCAUGUUAGUCAUCCAGACUACAUCACAUGUGACAAUGCUGUUUUCAAAACAAAGCCGAUUUGGGUACGAUUUUCAGGUGCUGCAGGGACUCGUCUGGCUCCUGGUCCAGUGGAACCAUUCCAUUGUGGUACACAAGGAACUGGUUGGUACAAAGGUACGUAUCCAACAUCGAUUGGUGACACAACUUCUGGUACUGUGUGCUAUAGCUGGCCAAGAAACUCAUGCCAAUGGUCAAAUCAAAUUUCAGUCACCAACUGUGGUGGCUACUACGUAUUUCAGCUUCGUGCUCCUCCUGCGUGUUUUUUGCGAUAUUGUACUAUUUGA